UCAUAAAAUGGCGGCUACUUCUAGCGUUUGCAGUUUGCACAUGUAUGUAGCUCUCGUGUUCCAUUUUGCAUAUUUUUGGUAUUGAAAUCGAAGUGUAAGUGCGUCGAGUCGAGCCUUGUGUUCCUCCGCCUUGCUGUUGCGAAUUCACUCCAAAAAUCUCCUUAUUCUGUGAAUUUCUGCUUUUUGUGAUAGAGACACUUGUUUGUGGAAUUUAUGAACUUUGGUGUAAUGCCGAGACGUUGUGCUUUCGGUUGUGCGCUCCGUGAGAUUCCAAUGCAUCGUUUCCCAGAUGCUGUCAAAUUUCCUGAGCAGUUUAAAACUUGGGUCAGUCUUGUUGGUGGAAAGUGGAAACCCUUAAACAUCUGAUUUUGAAUGUAAUAAGAAGAGAAUUUGUGAUAUACACUUUUCUGACAGACACAGAAAUCAUAAACAACGGCUAAGCACAUUGGCAGUUCCGAUGCUUCAUCUGCCUGGACAACUACAGAGUCAAGUAAUCUUAGAACAAGCUUCAUCCACACAACAUUUACUGCCUACAAUAAUACAGCAAGACAGUUCAGAGCCAUAUGUGAGCAACUUUAUUUUAGAAAAAGCAUCAACUUCAACAACAUUCGAACCUGUGGCUGCAGAUGGAUCUCAACAAUUUAUUUCAGCAAGGUGCUUGAUGCUGGUACAUAAUUAUAGUUUUAUUAGCAAGCCUAAAGGAACAGCUUGAAAAGCCAACGUGAGACAGGUUGGAGCUCCAGCGAUAUUGGUAUUUGAUUUGCAUGAAAACAAGCUGUUGCAUCGACACGAAUUCAAUGACGAUGUCCUCAAAGAAUCGUCAGUUCUAACAGGAAUUGUCGUGGAAAACCUUGGCCCCUGUCCUUGCGAUUCUUUCGCGUACAUCCCGGACAUGGGCUCCAACGCUCUCAUUGUUUAUAAUUUAGAACAGAACGAUGCCUGGAGAAUAGAGAACCAAUACUUCCACUUCGAUCCCCACUCAAGCGUCUAUAACGUGGGAGGAGUGGAGUUCUACUGGAACGACGGCAUCUCCACAGCGGUGUUAUCUCCACCCAGAAAAGGACAUCGUGACAUUUACUUUCACCCAACAUCAAGUACUAAACAGUUCCGCGUCUCCAGCAAGCUGCUGAAGGACAAGAAUAUACCAAGAGAAGUUUUAUUCGGCGCAGUUGAGGUUAUUGGUGACAGAGGACCACUCUCCCAAGCUACCGCGGCUGACUUAGACCUUGUGCACAAUGUUAUGUUCUAUUCCCAGCUGAGCAGAAACGGGAUUAGUUGCUGGAAUACUGAAAAGGCGAUGACCAAAGAGAACGUACCACUUAUUCUGAGCGACUGCGUGCUACUCGAGUUUCCCAACGAUGUUAAGAUUGAUCACGAAAAUAACCUAUGGAUACUUAGUAAUAGACAAUCUCGCUUCCUGUACGACACCUUAAACCACAGCGUGGUCAACUUCAGGAUACUGAAGGCGCCAGCGUCGACCCUGAUCAAAGGGACGCCCUGCGAGAAGAUGUCGCCCAUACAGAAAGCCAUCAGUUUUAUAAAAAAUACAUAACCCACAUUUUUCUGGCACAUAAAGGCGACUAAAAAUUACCACUUCUACAAGGUAAAAUAAAAAUCAAGUAAAAUAA